UGUGCUGCAGUGACGGCAGACAGUUCAGGGCUGGAGCCAAAGGCGCGCACACCCACCAGAGCAGGACUGCACUCUCCUUCCCAGAUCCACAGAGACAAACUUCCAGAAGCUUCCAGCUUCCCUCAGCAGACUCAGAGAGGAGAUCCUCACAGCUACGCUGACCCACACCUGAACCUCUGACCCGUAAUCGUCAUGGAAACGCCCAGCCAGAAGCGGCCCCGUGGCGCCGUAUCGCCGGCGCGCAUCACCAGGCUGCAGGAGAAGGAGGAGCUGUGCAACCUUAAUGACCGCCUGGCCAUCUACAUCGACAAGGUUCGCUCCCUGGAGUCGGAGAACGCCUCGCUCCGGAUGCGCAUCACCGAGUCAGAGUCCGAGGUCACCCGCGACCUGUCGGGCAUCAAGUCGGCCUACGAGACGGAGCUGGCUGACGCCCGGAAGACCCUGGACGUGGUGGCCAAGGAGCGGGCGCGGCUGCAGCUGGAGCUGGGAAAGAUCAGGGAGGAGCACAAGGAGCUGAAGGCCAGGAACGCCAAGAAGGAGUCAGACCUGGAAGCCGCCCUGCUGCGGCUGAAGGACCUGGAGGCCAUGCUGAACUCCAAAGAUGCUGCCUACACCACCGCCCUGAGCGAGAAGCGGAACGUGGAGGCCGAGCUGAAGGAGCUGAAGGCCCAGCUGGCCAAGGUGGAAGGUAGCCUGGCCGACACCCGGAAGCAGCUGCAGGAUGAGAUGCUGAGGAGGGUGGAUGCUGAAAACCGUCUCCAGACCCUGAGGGAGGAGCAGGAGUUCCAGAAGAACAUCUACAAUGAGGAGCUGCGUGAGGCCAGACGUCGGCACAGUUCCCAGAUAGUGGAGAUCGACGGCGGGAGGCAGCAGGAGUUUGAAAGCAAACUGGCUGAAGCUCUGUCUGAGCUGAGGGCGCAGCACGAGGACCAGGUUCGCAUCUACAAGGAGGAGCUGGAGAGGACCUACAACUCCAAGCUGGAAAAUGCCCGUCAGUCAGCGGAGAGAAACAGCCACAUGGUCGGCGCCACCCAUGAGGAGCUGCAGCAGACCCGCGUCCGUAUGGAGGGCAUGACCACCCAGCUGACCCAGCUGCAGAAGCAGCUGUCGUCCAGCGAGGCCCGAGUACGGGAGCUGGAAGAGGCUCUGGCCCGGGAGCGAGACAUGAUGCGGCGCCGCCUGGAGGACAAGGAGCGGGAGAUGGCGGCGAUCAGAGCCCGGAUGCAGCAGCAGCUGGACGACUACCAGGAGCUGCUGGACAUCAAGCUGGCUCUGGACAUGGAGAUCAACGCCUACAGGAAGCUGCUGGAGGGCGAGGAGGAGAGGCUCCGUCUGUCCCCCAGUCCCUCGUCCUCCAAGGUGACGGUGACUCGGACCUCCGGAUCAAGCCACACCAGCCGCCUGCUCCCCUCUUUUGGUUCCGCCGUGGCUUCCAGCAGCCGCACCUCAUCCAGCGCCAGCAAGAAGCGGCGCCGGGACGACGACAGUGAGACCUCCAGCAUGGUGGGUGGUACUGUGACAAAGACCCGCAUCAGCCAGCAGGCCUCUGCCAGCGGACGCAUCACAGUUGACGAAGUGGACCUGGACGGGAAGUACAUCCGUCUGAGCAACAAGGCUGAUGAGGACCAGUCUCUGGGCAACUGGGAGCUGAAGAGACAAGUUGGAAGCUCCACUCCCAUCGUCUAUAAGUUUCCCAGCAAGUUCACCCUGAAGGCCGGAGCCUCAGUGACGGUCUGGGCUACCUCUGGUGGGGGAACCCACAACCCCCCCAACCACCUGGUCUGGAAGAGCCAGGCCUCCUGGGGAACCGGAGACCUGCUGCAGACCACCCUGAUCAGCGCCGGAGGAGAGGAAAUGGCUACCAGGAAUGUGACGCGUACCUUGUUCCAGGAUGCCGAGGCAGAGGAUGAUGACAUGGGAGCUCACAGCACUAGCGGCGGCGAGCACGAGUACAACCUGCGCAGCCGCACCGUAGUGUGCGACUCAUGUGGACAACCAUCAGAACGCUCCGGCGGACUGGAAGGCCUUGGGGGACGAACCUCCUUCAUGGGAACCAACGAGCCCAGACAGGGUCGCAUGAAGCCGGAGAACUGCUCCGUCAUGUAAGAAGGAAAAGCUCCUCAGCUGAUCGACCAAAGAUCUUUUUCUACCGUCGGGAUUUUUUUUUUUGCUUUUUUACGAGAUGAUUUUUUUGGAUCUGCUUGGUGCUUCCUGUUUUCCUGCAUGUCUGCUGUUCUAAAGCCUGUUCAGGACUCUGCUCGGUCCAAACGCUCAGCUGGGUUCUGAUCCGAUCGGAGCGAAGCUUUGUUAAUAAUAAUGCUGUUUAACGCCUGUUUACUCGCCGUAUGUUGGGACAGGAUCCUGAUCGCCUCCAAAGGGAGGCGCUUCCCUCAGGGCUCGUAUCUUUAGCUGAUGUUGGAUCAUCUGAUGAUGACUUUAGAGAGAUUCUUCGGUUUACAUGUUCAAUGCUGAACUCUCAGGAUCCAAACAUAUGUGCCGGUUUAUGAGGACAGCAGAACCUCUGAGUGUUUGGACUGGUCUGAAGGUAUUUGAUUCUGCAGAGCAUCCGUCAGUCAGAACAUAGACCUCCUCAGGUCCCACCGGUCCUCAUUCAGAACCGCGGUGGGACCCGUUCUGCUGAUGCCAUCAGAAACCUCCAUUCUGACUGUUGGAUGCUCCAGAAACCGCCUGAUGUCACUGAGUUCUGAACAGGCUGGGUCCUUGCAGGUCUGGUUCUGUUUGUCCCGUCAGUGGGCUCAUAUGGUUCUGCUGCUGGUAGAACCGGACCUUUCUCUGCUCAUGGUUCCUUCCAGCAGUCUGUGUUUUUCUCCUGUCAGCUCUGGGAUCGAUGAUCUCAGAGUCCAUCUUUGUUUGGCAGCUUCAUGCUUUAUUACUCAUGUUUACCCACAAAAUUACUUGAUAGUUUUUGUCUGAUUUUGUCCUUCAGGCCAAAUAUUUUUUAUUAUUAAUCUUGUUGAACCUCAAAGUGCCUCAUUUGCCUUCUAGAAAGCCUAGAACCUCCAUGUGAAGAUGAGCAGAGGUCCAGUUUUAGCUCUGCUGAUCGGCUGCAGCCUUCAGAUGGUUUAUCGCUGCUCAGGCUGCAGCUUUUCCUGUUUGAGCCUCAGCGUCUGGAAGGUUAAACAUUUUACCCAAAUCUGUCAAAGUUGGUCUUUAAGGAAACCAGCGGUCAGAACCGGAGGCCUUGCUUUGACUUGUUGUAAUUCUUAUUUUUCUAAAUGAAGCAGAAUAAAAGCUAUUUUUCCCAUCGA